GGAACUCCCGGGCCUAGAGGAACUCCAGGGAAAGAUGGCGAACCUGGAGCAACAGGUGACAAGGUUUGUAAGUAGUACUGUUUCAUCUCGUAUCUUUUUUGUCUAUUUUAAUGAUAUUUUUAUCUCACUGUUUUCUUUUGGCUCUUUUAUCUCUAAUCAUCAGGGAGAAAUUGGUGAGCAAGGAAUUCCUGGUCAAAAAGGCGAGGAUGGACCGAUGGUAAACCAUCAUACUGUGCUACCACUAUACUUCUACUAUCACUUUACGUCACUACCACUGUCACUAAAACUACUGGUAGCGCUGGCACCAUGAAGAGGCAAAAUGUUUUUAUAGAUAAUUGUCUUGAGUUAUCUUAUUUUUUAGAGACUGUAACGCUUAGUGAAAGACUCCUACUCGUUUUGAUAUAUCCCACAUGGUCAGUUACUCUUCAGUCUCGUCCGUUUUCGUACAAUAAACGAAAGCAGGUUAUAUGCACUCUUAAUGUAGCAUUAAUUUCACUUGUUUCAGUGCAAGCAAAGUCCCAAAUAACUUUUUGUGUAGGAAACGUUAUCAUCAAGUAUUAAGCCUGUGCAGUUGUCUUAAAUACAAUACAGUAAAACAUUUGUAGGGUUUUUUUAUAGUGUAUCAAACGCAUGCGUACCUCAGCAACUGCUAUUUUCUUCUUUAGCUGAACGUUUAUCUGAUCAAGAUGCGGUAAUAGUAAAUACUGCCCUAUUUACCUUUCACUUAUUUGAUGUCUAUCACUAGUAAUGAAACCGAUUGAAAUUGUUUCGUAGGGAGAUAUGGGACCCCCUGGACCAAGAGGAAAUAAGGUGACCUAAAGUAACUAUUCCACAAUAAAAAACCAAAGGUUUUUCAGUUAAUUACAUUAUAACUAAUGUCUGUCUUCUAUGUUUAAACUUAUCAAGUUGAUCAAGUAAGUUUGCAAAGAGAGUAAAUAACACUACAGUCAAACCUUGCUUUAUGGACACCUGCUUAUUGCGGACAGUUUGCUUUGUCCCUGGGGGAAGUAAGCACUUAAAUUUUCUCUAGGCGCUUAAUACGGACACCCCGUUAACACGGACACUUUCUACGGCCCUCUCAGGAUCCAUAUUAACGAGGUCUGACUGUAUGUCCUUAAAUUAUAAAAGCCUUUCAAAAGCUUUAUUCUAUGAUAUACCAGUUCUUUUUUUAGUAAUGUUGACUUUGCUCAUAAAAAUCUUUGUCUUCUUUUUUGUAAUAAUUACCAUCUACGAUCGUCAGGGCGAAAAGGGUGAGAGUAUUGUUGGACCACCGGGAACUCCUGGUCCACCAGGAGUGAUGGGGAAUGAAUCCAUGACGGACGUGAUAUUUAAAGGCGAGAAAGGAGACCGAGGUUUGCCCGGUCUUCCUGGGCCUCCAGGUCUACCAGGAAAUGUUAGUUAUCCAGCUAAUCUCAGUGGAGAGCCACAAAACCCAAAUUCUAAAGGAGAUAAAGGAGAAGAAGGAGUCAAAGGACAGAAAGGCGAACCUGCAGGUUUGUGGAGUUUAAAGACUAAAAAUGAUGGUACGCUAAUGAAACACCAAUUCGAGAGUCACAGUGCAAGAGGUAAUGACACUGCGUCUGUAUCAGUUAUGUCUGGCAUCCCGCAGGGCACUGUGCUUGGCCCCUUAAUGUCCUUCAUCUACAUUAACGAUAUAGGUGUAAUAUAGAAUCUCACAUUCGACUUUUUGCCGACAACACGUUCUUAUACUGCAACCGUGAGCAGCAAAGAUGACACCAAUACAUUGCAGCAUAAGACCUUGACAGCCUAGUGACCUGGACCAAAUUAUGGCAAAUGUCCCUCAGUUGUGACAAAUGUAAGGUCCUGAGGGUUUAUCGGUCGAGAAACCCAAUCAUUCAUCAGUAUACAAUGAAUGGAACUCCUUUGGACUCCGUAUCUCAUCGUCCUUUCUUGGGAGUUGAGCUGUCCUCCAAUUUGAAUUGGAGCUUUCAUAUAGAAAACAUUAAAGGGAAGGCUAACCGGUCCCUUGGUUUCAUUACACGUAAUCUUCAUUCCUGUCCAGAGAAUGUUAAAAGUCAGGCCUACAUCACCCUCGUUCGUCCUUGUCUGGAAUACACCUGCAAUGUGUGGCACCCGCAUACUCAAAAGCAUUGCCACGAUAAAGAAGGAGUACAGCGGCCAGCCGCCAGAUUUGUAAAAAACUUCUACGAGCUGGAACCCGGUACAGUCACUAAUCUGCUGGGCCAGGUUGCAUACAACCUUCUUAAGAUAAGAGAGCUCUUAACUUUUGUUCUGGAACAAUAACCUAUUGUUUUGAAAUAAUAUUUACGAGUUCCCUUCAUCUUACGAUAUUUUGUGCAACCCGACGCUGAACGAUUUGAAGUGGCAUUCACUAGAACUGAGACACAAAAUUGCACGACCUACUACCAUCUACUAAUUAUUUUAAUCUCUCUCAUUGAUUUAGUAUAUCAUUCAUUUUAUACAUCAUUGUCUCUUACUAUUUAUUUAUUACUUAUGUUUUUUUUUCACAUUGACAGUGAUGGGAAACCUUUGUGAAUUAUAACAUAUGAAUAAAUAAAGCGUGACUGAUGAUAUAGACUUCGAUUCCUUGUUUGUGAUUAAAAUUUUGUGCUAGAGUAGCCAUAGAAUGGGGUAACGUUUUUGACUCUGAAAAAUAAAUGAGAGUAAAACAGGUUUAAUUUUCUAAGAUGUUACUUUUAACAUUCUAGGCCGAAAAGGUGAGAAAGGAGUUGCAGGAUUCAAUGGGACGAAAGGAGAUACUGGACCAAUGGGCCCACGCGGUCCUACUGGAACCCAAGGACCACCCGGACCAUCUGGUAACAACAUAACAAAAGGAGACCCUGGACCAAGAGGACAACGAGGAAGAGACGGGGAGCCUGGACCACCGGGAGAACCUGGGUCCAAGGGAGAAAAGGUCCAUAGAUCGUCUUUGUAAAAUAAGCUCAUUUUGUUAUAUAAUUUUUGUUUUCAUUUGAAUGGGGGAAAGGGGGUUAAUAGUUACCUCAAAAGCGUAAUGGGCGUAACAACUGAUAUCGAAAUCUAAUCUUUUAAUGUACCACCGGUCCGGAAGGGCAAGCGUAAGGCGGUUUGCAUUAAGCAUUAGGGGGUUUGCCUGAAAGUUACGUUUGCUCCAUCCACUUACUUUAUUCUGAUGGCACCCUGUUAGGUACAUCAGGCUUAGCAUUUUUUAUUGUCAACAGGGAAAUGUAGGGUUUCCUGGACAGAAAGGAAUAGCUGGACAGAAGGUUGGUAAAAUAAGUAAUUUUUUUUCUCUCAAAAUGAUGUUUGAAGACUAGUCGUUCACAGGCCUUAACAACAAGGUUAACAGGACGAACAAUGCUAAUAACGGCCCAAAUCUAAAAACGUUGAGAAGCGCGGCCUUCAAUUACGCACAGAUUCCAACCAAUAAGAGCAAAUGAAAAAGGUCUCGCAUGUGAACUAACCUAUUUUUUACGGUUUUUGUUUUAAAGAUAAGAUUUUAUUCAGAGAACAUCCCCUGACAUUAACUAUCGCUGUUUAAUGUGUAGACGAUUACUUUUCGCUUAACCUGUACUUGUUCGAAAAUUGAGAUUGAUAAAGCUUUGUAUUUUAUUUUCUAUUAAAUUCACUGAUUGUCUGUUUGGCCUUGAAAGCGUGCCAACGUUCAAAGUGGAUUUCAAGAUGCCUUCAUUCGAUUAAAUUAAUUCACCAAACUGUAAUUUGCAAAGUUACUCCGCCAUGAAUGAACAGCAAAAAGGCGCCUGUGAUUUGAUAGUUUCUUCAUUACUUGGUCUAGAGAACAUUUGGUUCCUCGUUAUGAACUCCUAAGCGCCCUUUAUGCUUAUCUACGUUUAGGCGCCAUAUUUGUCUUGGUCGGCUUUUUUCACUUGCCCUCGAUUUGCAUACUCAGUAAUAAUUCAGAAAGAAAAGAGAAAUAAAAUUAAUGUUUAAUGAGUGUUUGGAGAUCAUAUGAAAAACUGCGCAUUUUUGCACAUUUAAUUUCUCCUUCUAAAAUCGUUUUGUUUUGUUUGAGAAGUAAUAUCAAGCAUUCGACACAGUGUUUCAUCACCAGAUGAAACAUCUUGAAGUUCGUCAAAAAUACUCCGCUGCGAGUCGUAUUUUCAACUCUCUUCUCGGUGUUUCAUCUUGUGUUGAAACACUGCGUCUCAUGCUGGACAUAUUACUUCUGUAGGGUGAAAUAGGAUUCCAAGGACCUCAAGGUCUGUCUGGAUAAAAAGGCCAAGAGGGAAAACCGGUAAGCGGGCUCGAAUUUUUAUAAUUCCAUUACGUACAUGUGUCACUGAAGGAUCGAGAAAAUAGCUGGAUUUGUGUAGCCUGUUUCGACCUCGAAAUUCAACCGGAUCAAGGUAAAGCUGGACCGUUCUCAAAAAGAAAUUUACAAGCUUGACAGAGUUGUUUCCUAGAGGUCAAUACGAUGAGCGCUGGUUAUUUCAACGAAUUCCAAGUUAAAUCUUGUAUAGGGUUCGAACGCGUCUUGAAACGUUUUGAAAGUCGUUGAAUUUUGGAGUCCUUUUAAAGCCUUGAAAUUCUUCUUCAUUCAUUCUACCCGCUGGCCCUUGAAAGUCCUUUAAUUUCAAUUUAGCAACAUGUUCAAACCUCAAACAAACUUUGGUAAAUGGCAGUUUGAAGUCAACAGAAUAAAAUCGGCAUUGAGGACUCACAAACGAAUUUUCAUUAGAAUGGUUGCCCUUGAGAACAGAAGCUCAAUUUUAUCGUAAAAUAUUCAUAGUUUAUUAAUUUUAGAGCGUGUGUAAUAAAUUAGGUCCUUGAAAUUUAGAAAUGUGGUCCUUGAAAGUGGGAGGAAGUGUACGAAUCCUGUGUAAAGUAUCUCCACGUCAUAACCUGCUUAUCUACAGGCCAGCCAUAAGGAACUGUUUUUUUUUUCAAGCACGGUUUUCACUGAGUUUGAGGCCACCAAAUUUGAAAGCUCCAUUGCGCUGUUUACGCUCUGGUAGCCAGUUAUUUUAUUCCAUUUUUUGGCAGGGAUUAAAAGGGGGAACUGGAGAGAAAGGAGAAAAGGUAGGUACUGUAAAAGAAUUAAUAGACGCCCGGUUUUAGGAACCCAAGCGGGGGCGUUUGAUAGAUAAGGGCGUUUACCAGAGAGGGGCAUUUAUUAUUCUCAUAGCUGUAAUUAACCCCACAAAGUAUUAGGCUUUCAGGGAAUAUAUCACCGCAUUUCAUAAAAAGCAUAUUUCAUUCCUGAAGAAACAAAACUAUUCAUGCUGCAAAAUUAUAAUGCUUAAAAAUUAGGAAGAAAGGUAGUGUUAUUAACUCUUUAAAACCAGUUUCACACAGGUGCGGUCAUUAUUCAAAAAUUCUAAUUCCUUAUUUGUUUACUGGUCGUUUGUGUGAGAGGUUCAAUCGCCACUUGUGUCAAAUUUCAACUCUACCCACUAGAGUUUGUUACAGCUUUGAUUUUAAGAUUGACAUUGAGUAAUUUUAACCUCAGUUGCCUUUUUUAACUUGUACAUUUUGGUCACAUUUUUAGGGUGAGCAAGGCAUCAGUCUUAUAGGCGAACCUGGUCCGCCGGGAGAGACUGGACCUCAAGGACCUCCAGGACAACCGGGUCGACUACUCAUCUCAGAACCUGAAAAGGUAGGGCUGCAUCACCACCAAGUGAAAAGUCCAAAUAAUUUAAGGUAUAUUACAUAAAGAACGUAACGACAAGUAAAGUGGUUUAGUCAUUUCCAAAAAGCCGCCUUUCUGUUGUAAUGUUUAUUACGUUGUACAAGGUGCCUUCUAACUUUUGAAUUCUUCUGUGGAUGAAAUCUUAUAAUAUAAGCAUUCAAAUGAGAACUAUUAGACAGUACUUUCCUGUUAUGCUGUUUAUGACACUGUGCAGGGUGGUUGUGAGUCUGUGAAUGAGACCAUUGUAGUACAAGCUAAUGAGAGGUUACUCCCUGUGGUACAGUCAAACCCCGUAAAUACGGACACUGAAGGAGCCAUUUAUAGAACGUGUUUGUAUUAACGGGGUGUCCGUAUAUUAAGCGGGUUUUGUUAUUUAAGUCAAAAACCACCUUUUAUUAGAACAAAAUACUAAAGAAAUAAAAGAGCGCUUUAGCAUCAUCAAUUAAACAUCUCUCGCCUUCACAAAGCCGUCAUUCCGCACACUUAAACCACGGAAACACUCAAAAAUCACUCCUCUAUGAAUUACUCAAUCAAAACCCUUCUCUGCAUGAUCGUUUGAUGCCAAAAUAGUCUGAAAGUGACGUGUGCAAAUCAUCCUAUCCGGUGUACGGUAGCGCUGGCAACAUCGACAUGAUGUCAACUGAAGGUUUUUCUUUUUCACCUUCAAAAAGGAAAGAUAUAUUACAGCACACAGUUGAUAAUGAAGUGUCCGCAUUAGCAAGGUUGACUAUCUAUGAGAAUCUGUUGAUUGGACAAGAAACAAGUGUCCGUUGUCCGUAUUAAGCGGGUGUCCGUAAGGCGAGGUUUGACUGUAUUUGUUAUUUUGGUGUUAACUUUUGUGUCGGCAUAUUAAUCCCAAAAUCGUGAGCACGGAACUGAAAGUGUUGUUUUUCAGCCCAACGAAAGUCUCUCAGUUGCUUUAGGUGAUUUUUAAAUAAUUAUAUUCUAUGUCGGGGCUAAAGAAGUCGUUGAAAUUCUUAUAGAGCGUUUUCACUCACAUGGCCAGUAUCUAUUCAAAUGUAUGGGAACAAAACAAAUUGUUUACGUAAGAAAAGAGUUCAACUCACGCAGGAUUUGUUUGGAACACCAACAUGGCCACUGUUUCAUUGUUUUGGAAUACCAAAAUGGCCGCCGUCACGCUUUGUAUUUCUUAUUUUUCAAUCCUUGAAUGACGACUCUAUUGUUUAAACGAGUAGUUUUGUUGACAGUGAGCAUUUGUUGACCAGCUCUGAACUUCUCUGUUAUUUAACAGGGCGAGAAGGGUUAUAAAGGUGCUAAAGGCCAAGCUGGACCUAAGGUGCGUUAACUGUUUACGACAGUUGUUCCCAAAACAUUUACCAAACAAUAACUUUUGUUUGGCGAAAAUGACCAUGUUUUGUUAGAAUGAUGGUGAAUCAGUUUAGUAGGGCGAGUGCUCGAUACACUAGCCUGCAGUGCACGCGUUUUCUUCGGGCGGGCAAAUGUUUUUGCUCGCGAAAGCGCCAUGUUGAAAUUUCAAAAGAGAGGAGGAAAUGGAGCGAGUCAAAGGGGGCGGGGAGAAAGAAGAGAAAACGCCUGCCCAAAAACACCGUGAAAAUGAGAAACACCCCCUAAUUAGUACCGCUUGACCGCCCUUCCGAAAGUGAGUAGCUGACAAAUCAAAACCGAAGAACUGUUGCACCAGAAGGUCCCUUCACUUCUGAUAAAAUAAACUGAAACACAUGUGCAGUGUACAUUCUGCAAGCUGCUAGCAUGCGUUGUUUAUGGGAAGGAGGGUAAUGUCGUCUGAUUCGAUUCUCAGUAUUAUUGUAGGUUAGGUAAGAUUGCGUUGAAAGUUAAAUUUGGAAGCAAUCUUGGAAAACAAGGCCAUCCUUGUUCAGAAAAUCUUUUCAGGGCAUCAAAACGAAAGGAGUGUUUCGGGGUUUUGUUAGCCGAAAUUUGGAAAGAAGUUGGAUUGCCGUUAGUUCAAGAUUCCAUGCAGUAUUCUGAUCGGGUCUGUAACCCAUUUGUCUGGAAAAUUCGCAACGCAACUAGGACCAGUUUUACCAAUUCAUUAAAGCCGCAGUUCAUCCACGGUAAGUAACCCGGUUAAGAGCCGCAAACGUAUUCUAUUCCCAGCCCAGCCGCUUUAAUUCCAAAAGACUUUCUUCGAGAGCAGAGUAAAUAUUCGAAUUUCCGUCCGCCAUUUCUGAACUCAGAAUAAUUCUUUCCCGCAGCAGGGAGCAAACGAAAACGGAAUAAACAAUAUAGACUUACGGUUGAUUGACAGGCAUCAAUCUACUUCCCUUAAGCCGCCCCAAUCAGGAGCUCCGUUUGCCAGCGUACGCAAUGAUAUCGGGCAGGCGUAUUUUUUCUCCCCUCCCCCUCCCCCCUUUCCUACUUUCGCCCUAGCAUCUACCCUAGCAUCUAGGUUUUCUAUUUCUACUCUCCCCAAUUUUCCUCUGUCAUAAAAUCAAAGAUGUGGCUACAACAAUACGAACAUGAACAGGCAGCUUUCGAUCACCCAAAAUACGCCUGUACAGCAGGCAAUGGAAACACCAGCCUUUGAAUUCCCUUGCGAUGUCAAAUUUACUUUAUUCAUGUAGAUGUUCAUAAUAAUUUUGGCAUUAAAGUGUUAGUUUAUCCUACUACUGAAGGACACUUCUUACUUGCAGGGGAGUGGAAUGUUCCUCAAAAUCGAUACAGAGCUUUCUUUAUGCUUUUUCUCCAUGUUUUUCAUAAUAUUAUUCCACUACCAUAUAUUUAUUUGUAAUUUAGUAUUCAUUUAUCUUAAAAGAUGGAUAAUACGAUCAUUAGUGGACAAUAAUUUGUUUCAAACAUGCAGGGAGACAAAGGCGACUCAGGAGAAGUUGGUUUUCCAGGACGAAGAGUGUGUAACUUUCGUUGAUCAUCGUUUUCAAAAAUUCCCCACAAAGCUUUCUCUAUUUAAAACAAAACUAAAAUGUAUUCAAAAAGGGACUUUAUCUCACAACAGCUGGGUAUUGACUAACUGAAUAACUACCUUGUCGGCUCUUUUGCCGUUUUCUGAAAGAACACUUUUGGCGAAAAUUGCAAAUGGUCUAGUUCUCCUUAAGAUCAGAGCAAAUUAACAAAUCUUUUCAAAUUAUCUAAGAAAAUUUCUUUUUCAGUGCCCUACAAACAACACUAGAAUAGAUAAGAAAGUUGUUAAUGCUGAGUUAAUUUUGUAACGGGCCAUUGACUGUGCUUGUCAUUCGAUGUCUAAACAUUGACAAAAAGAAUUUUUUUAUAAUUCAUUAUAAUUUUAGGGUAUCCCUGGAAAUCAAGGACAAGCAGGAUUUCCUGGUCGGAAAGGCGAAAAAGGAGCGGAAGGUCCUGUGGGUCAGGUAAGUGCGUUCAAGGUCAUAUUGGCAACAAGGACAUUCCUUGUCUGUUUGAUCUUAAUCUUCAAUGAGAAGCUGCCGUGGAAUCGGAAGAAUCCUGGAAUGCUUAUUAUGAUGAUCUUCCUAAUGAUCAUUUCAUCUAGUGGUAAGGAGGUCGAAAUCAUAGUGCACGUAUAUUAAACAGGGACGGUAAUAUCCUGCCCACUUUAAUUUGAUUGGCUGGCGAAACUCCUUGGAGAUAUGUCAUUUUCAGCUCCACCCAGACAACUUGAGAUAUAAAAUGGAAAUAGCCAAGAAAAUGGCUCGAUAUAAAAUUACAUUAUCUGUGGUACAUAGAAUGUUUAUUUGUGAAGUACGUGGGCCAGUUAUUUCUUUACAAGACGAAUGUAUUUUGCCUUUGUGACCGGGAGACACAAUAGCGAGACCAUGUGUCUGAUUGUUUAAAAAGAGAUGGGCAAGAUUAAAAGCGACCUAAUUGUUCAUUCUUUUCUGUUCUAGGGGGAGCAAGGGCCUGCUGGACCUGUAGGACAGAAAGGUGAAAUGGGAUCCAAAGGAGAGCAGGUAUCCUUUGGGAGACAUUUUACCGCUACUAUAAGAGCUUGCAAGUAAACCUGACAGCAUGCACCAAGUACGCCAAAUCGACUGGUUCUAUCAGUUAGAAACAAUCCAUUCGAUCACCCGAUCAAGUGUUCCUAAUGAGUGUCCAUUACGUGCCGUUUGAUUGCAUUAUUUACGUUUAUUCAAAACCCUAUUAGUGUAUAUGAUAUCAUUUGCAAAAUAACUCUAUGACUGAUAAAAUAAGUACCGUAUGGCGAGAAAAACUUAAUUGAAAUUGACUUAAUUAUGAACAGGCAGCACUUUUACGUUGUUUUACUAAAUCUAAUUUUUUUUCUUAGGGAGUCUCUGGAAGCACUGGAUUUCCUGGCCGCAAAGGAACAAAGGGCACAAAGGUAAUUUUUUUUAUAUUAAAAGCAAUGAGUUCUCUGGAACCUUUACAUCAAUCUUUCUUAUCCUGAAGCAAAGACCAACCUAGCAGCUAUAAUAUAGAUAAAUACAGAUCAGCAAAGCCAUUCAUUAACGAAGGUAGGGCAUCAGAAGGAUUGGGGCGGAUGACUCCGAAAUUCAGUCCAUUGUAUCGUUUAAUUUCGUUGUGGAAACUAGACUUCACAGCCUUCUAGAGUACCUGUUCACUAUGUCAUUACUGUCUUGCUUAGUCUUAAAUUUCAUUUAUAGGGCGAUGCCGGAGAAAAAGGAUCGGACGGGCGAAAGGUGAGAUUUAUAAUUAUUUGUGCCCCACAAAUCCUUACUUUGUCAGGUCGAGAGAAAAAUAGAAAAAUAACUUGAGUAAAAUUCGCAAGUACAUGUUUAUCUUCUCAAGCGAAGAAAUGUUCUUUAAUUACCAAACCUUUAUCUGAGGGUGGAGUGCGGUCGAUUAAUUAUCUCAGCCUCGUCCUUAGGCAGUUAAUAAAAAGAUUGAUUUUUCUUUUGGCCAUGAUUUACCUGCAUUAGGAUCCCAUGCGGUAUGUGAUAUACACGAGUGGUUAAUAGUCCUCUAUUGUAUGCAGCCAACUGUUAUCCAGUAACACGGCCCGAGAACAACGGACAACCACCAAAAGCCGUGCAUUCCUAUAUAUUUAUAAUAUUUUUAAUCUAGUGCUCAUUAUCUAUUGUCAGGGCGAACAAGGUGAAGGUAUCCCAGGACCACCCGGGCCCCCAGGUCCGCCUGGAGGAAUAACGGUUUGUAAACUUUUUUUUUCCAAGUGAUAUAUCAAAGAAUUGUUUUAUAACCUAGUAAAUACCCUUUUGUUUGAUAGUAGGGAUUCUGUACUUUGUAUGUUGUUUUUUGUAGGAGGUUGGUGGUGAUACAGAGUCGGCAGCACAGGUCAAUACACAGAAAGGGGACAAGGUAUGUCAGUUAAAUAUCAUUUGAGCUACUCUGUGACAAGAAAACAACUUGCCUUUUCUUUAAUUAUUGUUUCUUAUUUUUUCUUACAGGGUGAUCGCGGUCCUCCAGGAAUUAAAGGGGAUAACGUAAGAUUCCGUUAUUUCCCAUCCUUGUUAUAAAGCAUCAAUCUUCUCGUUUGUUUAAGUGCACAGUACAAGAUUGGGUUAUUUGAAGUCAUUUGACAAUAAAGAUUGUUCUCAAUUAUCUUAUCCUUGCCAUUUUUACCCAUUUUUUUCCUUCGAUCCUUUCAUUAAGCAUCCGCCCUUAGAUACGCAACCAAUUAAAUGUUACUAAAGAGAAAUAAAUAUAAAUCGUUUUUGCAGGGAACUACAGGAACGAAGGGUGUUAAAGGUGAAACAGGCGAGGAGGGACCCACCGGACCAAGUGGAAAACGAGGGCUUCAAGGAUUAAAAGGAGAGCCGGGAGCUAAGGUACUUCACGCUGUAAAUUCGCUAAGACAAACCCAAAAGGAAAAUAUUCAUUAUCUGGCUUAUUAUUUAUUGGCUUUGAGAUUAGUAGAAGUAGUAAUAGACAGAAUAACUUCAGUGGAAUUCCAUCGCAAAAUGUGGUUGUAUUUCUUGUCAGUAUUUCGUUUACUGCAAUUAGUUAAUUAGUUUUUUAUCUCGCGCGUAUCGCUCAACGGACUAAGAAAAACGGAGAGACUGCUCGUAGUCUAGGAGAGGAUCGGUUGAGUUUCCAGGGGCCCAACAUCUGAAGUGUUUCAUACAUGAACAUUGAUCAUGACUUUAAAUUGGAGAAAAAGGAUCUAUCCUUAAAUCCCAGACCCUCUCAAGCUUGCCAAGCAGAAUGGCUCGAAACGUCUUUUCUUUAAAUUUUGUUUGAUUGUGCAGAUGGUUAGUAAGAGCGUUUUAAAGUUAGGUGCGUUUUUUAGGGAGAAGAUGGAGUCGAUGGAGCAACUGGACCUCAAGGACCUAUGGGCCCUCCUGGCAUUCCUGGAGAAAUUGGCCCCGAUGGACCUCCUGGUUUGCAAGGACUUAAGGGCAGUGCAGGAACUCCUGGUCAACCCGGGCCUCCUGGCCCACCCGGAUUCCCAGGGGAAAAGGUGACGACUGCUUUCUAUGCCAUUUGUAUGAAAACUUAAGUAAUUUUUUUUUCUGCAGAGCGCCGUUGUUUAGAUCUACCUUAACGUUGGUUUUCUCUAUGCAACAGUAAUAUGUCAGAGUAAACAGAACUAAACUGUUUUUUUUUUCAGUUAUGCACCAAAAAUAUGCAUUAAAUAUACGGUUUUAUUUAAGGAAGACCAUGGUGAAGAGAUAUCCUUCGCGUCAAAUAAAAGAGUAAAUUUAAAAAAAACAACGAUAAAGGAGAGAAAUUUCGCUUCUUGUCCUUUUGCCUUUCAUGUGUAAAGAAAUUUCAAAGGCGUUGCGUAUGCCACAAAAUGAUUAUUUUACUUGUUAUUAUUCAUAUUCCUCGUCCCAAUGUGAAAGGAAAGCUAAAUCUUCUCAAUCACAUAUAUUCUUUUUUACUUUAAGGGAGAGCAAGGAUUUAGCGAGAAGGUAAGGAAAACACCGUUUAUUAUUGGCUAUGAGUUAAGAGUCUGCCAGCAAUUCCUUUUUUCGCAGUGACUUUUUCACACUCAAUCAAGUUGCCAUUCACUAACGUCCUCGAAGAAAGGUAGUUGAUCUGUACAACCCUUUUAAACUCUAAUUGUUUCAUUUCAUGGCUCAUUGUAAAGCAGAUAGACAUCCUUAGUUUAGAGGCAAGCUAGCCUGUUUCUUAGACCACCAUAAUAGUUUUAACGCGUAGACACGCGUUGAAUUGGAAACGUGGGCGAAAGAUGAAUGAAAAACUUCCUCGACCAUUUUUAUUCAGUUGAACCACAGAUCAAAACGUAUAACUGCGACGCGGAGAGGAAAUAAGGACAAGUAAUUUCGAAUCUUAAACGUUCAAAAUUUUACAUGGAUCAAAAAAGAUACAUGCUGCUUGCUGUAACCGAUAUUAUAUACUUUGCAUUUGACUUUUUUUUUCCCUAUGUAGGGUGAAAAAGGAGAUCCCGGUUUGCCAGGUGUGAAGGUAAGAAUAGCCAAUUGAUCUUAAAAGGUUUUGCAAAAAUUUCAUGGUAAAAAUGGGAGUCUCGAAUGUUUGCCCUUGCAUUUUAUCAGUAUGAUUGCCAAAGUUUCCCUUAAAUAUGCAAGCGCAAAUCACAUUGGUUAUGUUUUAUAUAUAGAUCACGCUAAAACAAUUUAUAUAUGGAAUUCAUAUUUUUGAAAUGCUAGAUCUCUUAUAUUCAUUACUUCAUCUUCAUCCCUUGAGGGGUUAUACAUGUAGUUUGCUUAUUAGCUCAAUUGGUACAGCGCUGCACCCUUACAAGCCUGAAAUUUUUCAGGUCUUCUUUUCGCAACUGCAAAAGUUGUGUCUUUAACUGCGAUGAUCUUUUUGAUCGCAUUUACUUGUUUACGUUAUUAAAUUAGAACUUCUUAUCCGCGUGACCCUUAUCGCAGACUUUCUUCUCUAGAGAUGCCUUAUACCAGGAUAAGGAUAACAAAUGUGGUAUAACUCAACCACCUUUGAAAGGAAUAAAAUGUUUAUUAGGGUGGAUUUCCACUGUCGCGUUAUUUUUACGUACGUACGCGCGUAAAUAAAAUAGAGGCAAUGUAAGAAAGGCAGCGCGUAAUCGUAAAAGUUGAACCUCGCUCAACUUCUACGUUUACACGCGGCAAUUCAUACAUUACUACUAUUUUAUCUACGUACGUGAAAUAUACGUGAGUACGCACGGAAAAAUUACGCGACAGUGGAACCGCUUGAGUUUCUGGUAAGAUCUGACACGAUAACACAAAUGCUGACAGACGCUAAAUUAGGGGGCGGCAGACGACUGGUGGAGUACAUGUAUCACGCGCUCUUUUUUCUCCUUUCCCUGAAAAAUUAAAAUCCACCGUUCGUUUAGGGCGAGGAAGGAGAGAGUGGGAAUAAAGGAGCCAAAGGAGAUCCCGGCUCCCAGGGUUUACCAGGUACCCAGGGUAUUGAGGGUAUGCAGGGACCUGAAGGGCCAGCAGGACCACCUGGGUUCCCUGGAGAGUAUGGGCCAGAAGGACAAAAGGGGGAUAAAGGAGACCCAGGAGAGAAAGGGGCACAAGGACAAACUGGAGAUCCUGGCAAGGAUGGUGUGGAUGGAGUUGAUGGUAGCCAGGUUAGUUCAAAGAACUGGUGAUCAAAUUGUUCGCAUGAGUGUUUCUUUUAUAGUGCCGUGAAUCCUCUCUCAAAGAUACCAAAGUUACAAUCUAUACCUGUAAGAUAAGAUAAGCGAAGGUUACACGUGACAGUAAUUAAAGUUACUGAUAAACUUGUGGCCCUCUAAAAAUAAAUUAAAAAACACAAUGAAAUGAAGUAAAAACUAGCGAUAGGUUACUAUUUACAAUAAAUAAUACCAGUAUUCUACUAACGACAAAAAUAGUUAAAAAUUAAGGACAGUGAGGAUUAAUACUCAUAAGAGCGAAGUGAUGGCAUUAAUUAAUUUCAAAAGAUCCAUUAAUCUUUUGGGAAUUUAAUAGUACUUUCCAUAGCUCUGACUUGAAGGAUUUCAAAGUCUUCUUAGUUCUUACGGUUCGGGGUAAGUUAUUCCAGUCCUUAGCAGUUCUCAUUGCAAAGGUGCGUCCGCCCUGUCAAAUUCAAACAGCUCUCUCAAUACGGACACCUUGCUUUGUAUCCACACCAAUUGACCACUCCAGAAAAUACCAUAACAUACCAUAAUGCUCUUUGUUGUCAUCCUACAAUUUUGCAUAAGCAUUGUUUUCAGUUUCCCUUUAGGGCAUUUUAACUCCCAAGAGAAACUGAAGACAAUGCUUAUGCAAAAUUAUGGGGUGACAAACAAAGAGCAUUAUGGUAUGUUUUGGUAUUUUUCUGUAGUGGUCAAUUAAGGAGGUUAGACAGCCCUGUUAUUGGGAUGAUAUAUUUUCUAGUACUCGAUUUAGCUGUCCUACAAUCCUAGCCAAAAGGUUUUGGGACACUCCCUUAUUCUGUCGUGGUAUUAAAUGAAAUUUGUAGGUAACCCGCCUGUAAUUCAUGCUCAUAAACGCGGCCCUCCCAGGGUUUCUUUCCCACCUUCGAUCAAAGUUUCAUUCCAUUCACAGGUUAAAGAUAAACGCCACAACUUGGCCUGCCCCCAAUGUAUGGAUCUUCAUAGCUCAUUGAGUAGAGUACCGCAGCGCUAACCCAGAAACCACGGGUUCGAAUCACGUUGAAGUCCCCAAAUUUUUUUCUGGUUAAUUUGCAAUUGCUUAAAUUGCAAUUACUACUGCGACGAUCAUAUCCUCAUUUGAAACUGAAGUCUGUUAAAGGAUCACUUCAGUAGAGAUAACCAUGCCUUUAAUUCUAUUUCAAGACAGAAAACGUUUUUCAGAAACCUUUCUUAGAAGAACAGAAGAAAAUGUAGGUCUAAUGCUUCUCUUAAACCGAUCAUAUUAAGUGGCGAACAUUUUGUUCAUUCCCUCAAAACCUCUCUCGGAAGCGGUCAAUAAGUGUAAAGGUGGCGAGCGAGGGUAGAGAGAGUGUGGGUUUAUGCUAUUUUGAGUUCUAGGUAGGGAUGAGUCAUAAUAUUACAAGCCUCUUAUAUUAAUAGUAGAACAUGGUACGUUUUUUACAUCAAAUGGAAACUCGGAAAAAUCCGAGCCCCAGAUGGGAUUUGAACCCACGACCCGCCGUGAUCUAGUCGGAUUCUUUAACUACUGAGCUACUGGAGGCUCGAUGGCGAGCAAGGGUGAAAUGUACCAUGUUCUACUUUUACAAAAGACUCACUUGGGGGUUAGAUGGUUGUAUGCCUUAAUGUGACUGCGUGAUGCAGUUAUGAGUCAUACGUGCUUGUCCUAUCUUAAAAACGUAAAAAAUUCUAACGCCUUUUAAUAGCUUUUGGACAAGUGGCGAAUUGGCAGCCUAACAUAGUCUUCAGAGCAUGGAAAACAAACAUUAAAAGGUCAACUUCAACUUCAACUUUAUUUCAUAAGACUAUUGGUUACAAUAGACUGACCCGCAAAAUAGCAAUUGCUAAUCUAGGCGGACCAGUUAAAAGAAAAAUAAAUUGAAAGGAAAAGAAAGGAAAGGAAAAAGGAAGGAAAACUACAAUUUUAAGUUACAAUAAAUAAUAUUCUAUCACAGUUUUAUUUUAAUUACAUUAAAUCUGAACAAGCAAACAAACAAAUACUUUAAUACAGAAAUCACUAAACUAUUAAUCGAACUUUUUCAACUAUUAAGGGCGUCUCAAUAUAGUCAUCCUCUCUUUUUAAGAUAUCCGAAAGCAAUCUGUGAAGUACUUUCCUAAAUUUCUUUUUAGGAAGAUCUCUAAUAUGACAAGGCAUCUCAUUCCAAAGUUUUACACCAAAGUGGCUGCCCUGAGUGAAACUAGUCGUUCUAAAUUAUCUACCAAGUUGAUUGUCACGAUUAAUUUGUUUUUUUUUUUCUUCUCAUAAGGGUGCACAAGGUGGUAUAGGUUUUCCUGGUCUGAAGGGUGAGCCUGGUGCCAAGGUAAUAAUUUUUUUUAACCAACCUUAAGUCUGAAACAGUGGUGACGGUAAUGUAAUGUCAAAACCAACGUCUGUUGAAGUCGACUUUUAUUAUUAUUGUUUGAUUGCAAUUGAUAUGUAAUUGAUAUGUAUGAUAUGCAAUUGAUAUGUAUCUUUUGGCUGCCAUUGAGAGGAAAUCCAAGAUUCAGACUAGUCAACAUGGUAUUAUUAUCCGUUCAAAAAUGACAAUUGCUUAACACAAAUUAUUGAAAGGCUAAAACACUACAUUUAAAAGUCUUUUUUGCUCUUUUUUUUUCCCCUUGGUGUUUAGGGAAAUCCUGGAGAAACGGGACCACAAGGACCGAAGGUAGAAUAAAGAGCCGAUGUGUCAGAUUUUAUUUUCACUUAAAAUUUUGUAAAAAUAAAUGAUAACACGUAGCAAUGGGUGGUUUUCGGACAUGCCUUCUGUGAUUUGCACUGCUUGUGAAGACACACUUGGUGGAAACUGAACGGUUUUAUGAUUUAUGCCUCUGACUUUACCUGUGUGGUCCUUCAGCAGGAAUAUUAUAUUCCUUAUUCACACCAACUAAACAUGUAUAUCAAAAUUAUAUCAGGUUUUAAAAAAAGAAAAACGGACACGGAAAACUAGAACACUGGUUUUCCAGAGGAUUCAAGUAAAAUUCAACAUGUUUUGUAAUUUUCACGAAAUGUGCUAUCAAUUUUAUGAAAGGUAUAAUUUUAAACCGUUUUUAACUAAACAACUUUUAAACGUGUUUAAGAUUUGAUAUGAAUGGGGCCAUAAUUUGAUCGCAAAGACAGAUCAAAUUACUUUUGGUGCUUCCAUUUUUUAUAAUGUCAUUAAUAGCAUAUGGAACUCACGCUCUUAUUUGUAAACUGCAAAUGGAAAUUAAAAAAGAGAUAAAAUCUUACCUGUCUUGUUCUAUUCUUGAAUCUGCUGCGGUGCGAAGUGAAAUGAAAGUUGUUUUACAAUGCGAAAACGAUGUUCAAGUCGACGCUUUGACAGUAGUUGAUUUCACAAUGCUCAAUGUGGUUUGUCACGCGAUCGUUAUUAUCGUCUUGCGUUUCAUUGUUGGUUAUUAAUUUAUUAUCAAUUCGAGAGAGAGAGAGGGAGAAAAGAGACAAGGGAUGGAAUUAAUUUGAGGACCGAUUUACUUUUUAAGCCGUACUCAAGUAGUACGAGCAGUUUUUUCAAUAAAUUCAUUCCAACAGCAUUUUAAGGGAUAAAAUGUAGAGUGGGUCACUUUUUUCUAUUAAAAAUAAAAAUUUUCGCAUUCAAAAUAACCAGAAAUUGAUUGCUGACUUUUCGAGCUAUGAAUGCCUCCACUUGACCGGACGCGAAGUUAACUUCGCGUUUGACGUCUGAGAUUUUCUUGAGCUUUUUUACUUAGUUCUGAGAUUAUUUCAAGUUAGAUUGCAUAAAUAUCCAGACAUUGCCUUGUUGUUUUCGUUUUAACCGGAAUGGUCAUCGUGGAAUGUUACCUCGCGCGGCAUUGCUUGGUAAACUGGUCUAGUCAACUGGAGGCAGGGAUCGUACGAGAGCAGCUAUCGAGUUUUAACCCUUGUCACUAUUCAUUACCGUUAAUUCGAAUUGUUAACAAAUUAAUAACCAACAAUGAAAUGCAAGACGAUAAUAAAAACCGCUUGACACCAACAGAAAAAUGCGAGACAAACCACAUAAAGCAUUGUGAAAUCAACAACGGUCAAAGCGUCCAUUUCACUUCGCACCGCAGCAAAAAUUCAAGAUUAGAACAAAACAGGUAAGAUUUUACCUCUUAUUUAAUUUCCAUUUGCAGUUUACUAAUAAGAGCGUGGGUUCCCUAUGUUAAUAGUAAGUAUUUUAAAAGCCGUACUCAUGUCACCCUUCAGGGCGAACCCGGUUCAUCAAGCAGAGGGCCUAUGGGACCACAAGGGCAACCUGGUUCUCCUGGGGAUCCGGGACCCCCGGUGAGUUUUUCAUAAAAUAAGAUCAUCAGUAAUUUAAUUUUCAUGACGUACUUGCGUGACUACAAAAAGUUGAGAAACGUUGCUUUUAGCUUGCUUCGAUCGCGUUGUCUAUUGUCUACGAUGAAAAUAACAACUACGAACGAGUAAAAUGAUUUCAAGAACUUAUUUUCGUUCUAGGGACCACCGGGGCCGCCAGGCGGACCACCUGGACCUCCUGGCCCCCCUGGCAAAGACAGCAACGUCCCUGGACCUCCAGGACCACCCGGACCACCGGGGCCCCCGUGGAAAAAUGGUGACAUUGGACAUAUAUCUCCACCAAAAGAUGAAGCUGAAAUGAGCCCACUAUCUCCCGGGGUAACUAUGUGACCGCUUUCUUUUAACAUUCUGCAUAGAGUAAACUGAAAGUAGUAAUAUCUGUGGGUAUGUUUGGGUAUCGUUUUAAAAUAUUUUUAGUUAAAAUCAAGUAACAACUUACAUUAGACGGUGACACUGGGGAGUAUAGUCAUAGAAUCGAAAUCGCCACGUUAAUAAUAAUAAUAAUAAUAAUAAUAAUAAUAAUAAUAGUCUUAAUUCAAUCAAAGGAUAAAAAUACAUAUCGUAAGUUACAGUGAAAAAGUAUUAAAAGAUACACGACAAAAUACGAUAGUAAUAUAAGAUAGAAUAAUACUAUCCUAAAUUAUGUUUAAAAAUAAGUCUAUUUACAAAAGUUUUCUUGUAUCUCUCCGUCUUUAUCUGAGGAAGGUGACACCUUCUCCUACGCAAAUUAUAUACUAAUUCUUUAUCUUUGGGAAUGAUCGCACCUAGAAUGUGAUUAUCAAUAGCUCUUUUGAAAGCGGAUUUAUCUUGCUGUUCUAAAAGAUUAAAGAUGCUGACUGUUUGAGAUCGAUUGAGAGGUAAAAUGACGCUUAUGGCACCUGUCUAAAAAACGCUGUAGGAACAUGUUAAUGUAGGAACAUGUGAAAAAACAGACCUUUUCAGGUUGUAUGUUUUGUUUUGUCAUUGCAGGCCACGUGAUGGUACUCCAGAAUAUACUUUCUUUCUUUCACGUGCAUAUGUAUGAAUAAUUUAUGAAAAGACAAAGGGCAUGUCUGAAUAGGCCGUUUUACAGUUUUAGGCUUAGUAUCCUAGCCUUUGAGUGAACGUGAGGCUGUGGUUGACCUGUUUUGAUACAAACCACGCUCCUAUUCUUACAGAAAUUAUGCUUAACAAAAUACUAGUUAGCAUAACAACAACAUACUUUGCAUAAUAAAGCGAAAAGGAUUGUAUCAAAAAAAGGUCAGCCCUAACCUCGCUUUCACCUGUAACUGUAAAAUGGGCUAUUGGGAAAACAAAACAUACAGGCUAAGAAGGUCUAUGAAGACGUUUACACGACAGAAAAUCUCUUUACAGUCUAUUGAAAUUUAACGUUUUAUCGAAGGUGGUUGUAUUUGACACACAAGAAGCACUAAUCGACGCAGUUGAGGAGGUCAAAGUAGGUACUUUGGCAUUUGUUGUAUCGGAUCAGAUGCUGUACAUCAGAAGCGCACCAGGCUGGAGAUCUAUCACGGUAAGGCAUUAAAAAAAGCGCAUUGAAGAAACCAUACCUUUAAAUUUGUUGUUUUGUUUUGAACAUUCUGCGUUAAUAAUUUCUUGUACGAAUAUCAUGAAACCUACAAGCAUGGACAAAAAAUGCUUGAGAUACUUUUAUUGAUGACUUCAACUUUGUAAUCACUUCUUUUGUAGAGAUUUACAGGAGGAAGCAUUUUAGGAACGAAUUUUUGUUUCAUGAACCAGGGUUUGUAGUAAAGAAACUGUAGUGUACCCCGACAAAUAUGCAGUAUGACUGCAGGAUGUGUGGUCAUCAAGUGUUAGAUGGAGGUGUGAAAAAACGUUACAUGUCAGCCUUAAACAAAUCAGUCACCGGUAUCGGCCAGAGAUAACAUAAUACCCAAUACCAAAAUGUGAUUUGGGAGUCACAAGAAACCUGCACUGCCACGCUUAUCUCGUCAAACCGGAUGGACUUACGAUUUAAUAAUUUUCCCAUAGCACCCUCUUUUACUCUCUAGGGUAAAACGUUCGCAUAGCUUGGGGCUGCUUUGAAGACUGCACAUUAACGAAAAGUUGCUCUUCCCAGUUAACUCAAUAAUGUCUUUUUUACAGCUUGGUCCAACCUUGUUUGCGGCUCCUACAGAAGCUUCCAAAACAACAAGACUUACCACUACGCAGGUAGAAUUUAAUUGCGUUCAUGUCUCAAGAUUAUCUAAAAAAGUUGCAUGAAUUUGCUUUCCCAACUAAAAACUUAAACUAAUAAGUGAUGUAAUUGAACUGAAACCGAUUUGAAGAUUACCAGUCCCAUUAACGAGAGGCGUGUUUCAUAUCUUGUAGACGCCUUCGGGAGUCAGUCUUCCUCCAUCCAACAUCAAGCUAACAGGACAAUACGUAAGUAAACGGAAUGGACAUCAAAUGUGAAAGAAUUUUUUUAUUCGUUACUAAGAAAGACUUUUACAGUCAACUCCCAAUAACUCGAACCCUCGCUAACUCGAAUCUUGCGCUAACUCGAACCAAAUAUCGAUUUCCCGUGGAUUUCUUUCUUUGUUCCACAUGUACGGAGGUUAAGCUAGAAACGAUUCCUGUCAGUCUGGAUUCAGGUCCGAACUGCGCCUAUUCCUUAAUUCAUAUUUAUGGAAGCAAAGGGAAUGUAUUUUCAUUGAACUGCACUAUACUAUUUCGGAUUUUUCCAAAGGCCAACAUUAUGUAUUGGAAGGAACGUAUUGGAAUUUAUGUUGGGACCAAAGAUAAGCUUAUCAGUAGAUAACAGCUAGGAAGCGGCGUUGCGACAAGCAAUUCUCUGGGUGGCCUCUGCGGUCUAUUGCACGGUCAAUAGACCGUGGAGAGUCAUCAGCUAUGUAAAGGCUGCGGCACGUAAGUUCUUCCCCUUUUUCUGCGAACAAGCUCAGCGAGCACAUCUCGGCGAAAGUGAAAGUUAUCGCUUCUCAUUUUGUUCCCAGUUUGCUACGACGUAUAAUUAACCUGUUGAAAGGGCGUCCCAAUGUAAAGUGACUUUUGUGUUUAACAGCUACGUUUAGUGGCCCUCAACGAACCGAUGAAUGGCAGAAUGCUCAGCGUCAGAGGUGCCGAUGAACAUUGUUGGCAGCAGUCACGUGAGCAAAACCUUACUGGGAAAUAUAGAGCAUUCAUCUCCAACAGGUUCCAACAUUUAUAUUCCAUCAUCCAUCGACAGGACAGAAGUCUUCCUGUUGGAAAUCUUCAGGUAAUAGUUGAUAACAACUCUUUUGAUAUGGGGAUAGUCUUUCUUGGAAGACUUUUACCUUUCAGCUUUUUCGGGAACAGUAGUUUCUUAUUACCCGUGAGCAUUCACUGCGGCGUUCUUCAAACGAGAGGAAUUUGCACAACCUUUACAGAAUACGUCAAAGCUAAGGUCGCUACUAUUACUGUUGAAAGUUUUAGAUAUUAUCAGUAUUUUUUUUAAUUUCUAAACUUUUUGAAAAGUUACUUAAGUUUGACAGUUUAAAACUGAUGUUAUCGUCGCACCAUUUUUCAGCAUACUUUUUACUCGGGCAAAAAGGCUUUCAGCGAAAAGAAGUUCAAUAUUUUUAGAAAAAUGGAAAAAAAAGUUACGUUUACUCAUUUUUUAUAUAUCCUUGCCCCCUGGAAUGGGAAAUAAAAUGCCAUUAAAUAUAACAGAGAGACGCCUUAGACGUUUGACUGCGUUGGACCGAGAAAAGCCAUGUCCUGUAUAAGAAAGACGCCUGGGUCUCAACUUGGUAGAUUUUUUCAGGCAAUUUAUAGAUUCAUUUUUCUCCCUUACAAAAACUCAACCAAUCACAGCAGAGUAGAGUUUCAAGUGACAGAGGAUAAAAUCAAUCAAAGGAGUUUCUAAGAAACACAGAAAUAAGGCCCAAGGGCCUCUAUGUAGAAGACCAAUUGAUAUUAAGCUGGCGGCCAUUAAUUAAUUGUAGGUGUUAUCACCCUAAACAUUUCCAGUCCAAGUACUCACGUCCUUAAGGGUACGACGAGCCUCUGAGAAGAAAAGAUUAACUGCUCUUUUUUUAUUGGAGUGUCCACCUGGAGGUAUUCAAAUAGUUAAACUGAGUCGUUUUCUCUCGUCUUUCAGGGAGAUCAGCUGUUUCCAUCAUGGGACUCGAUCUUUACAUCACGUUAUGCGUUCAAUCCUGAUAUACCCAUCUACUCAUUCAAUGGAACCAACGUCCUGGAAAGUUCAAUGUGGUAAGUUUCACUGUAUAUAAUAUUCGCCUCAAGCAGUGCCUCUACAGAAGUAAUAUACCCCUGAAAAAAGUGUUUUUUAGUCAGUGACACAGGCGGCUUGGAAGAAAAAAUCUGAGUAUUCCGAACAGGAGUCGAACCUGUGUCCUUCUAUUUAGGCACAAACAGCACCUCACUGAACGGCUCACACAAUUGGUUGUGAAAACAAUAGGAUAACCACACAAACAAUAACUCUAACCCUCAACACAAAAGCCAAUAUUGUUUUAGACGACCACUUAAAUUAGAGGUUCUUGGGAGGUAUUGGGUUACUCUACGCUAGUUACUAGUCCAGGUGCUCUAGUUGACUAGAAGGUUGGACUCCUGUUGGAUUACUCCGUUUGUUUCUUCCGCCAGUCGCUUGUGUAACUGGCUGAAAUAACAACAUUUUCAGGGGCUUAUCACUUGAUGAGAUAAACAUUAACUUCAUGAUCCCGAAAUUUAAGGCGGCCAAUACUGGAAGUCGUUAACCUUAUCACUUCCGGAACUUUAGGUGGAACUUAACGGUUGAAUGGUAAACUGUAAGUAACUUUCUAUAGGCCUUUGAAGAACAUUUGGCAUGGAUCGUAUUCAGAUGGUAACAAGUACCCUAAAAAUUGUCGCAGCUGGAUGAGCAAUAGUUCCAAGGACUUAAGUUCGGCCUCUGCCUUAAACGGGCGAACUCCGGCCUUGGACGAGCAAGAAUUUCCAUGUAAUAGUAAACUCAUCGUGUUGUGUGUGCGAAUCAACCCUACGCUGCGUGGAAGAUUUAGAGCUGCACAUAAACAUGUUGUAUGA